GAAACAAGGAUACAAUAUUAUUCGUAAGUAACUUCCGUAAACAAGAAUGUUCACAUCCAGCGCCAAAAAAAUGCAAAUAAUUAUUUAAUUGUGAGAAAAUACUCAUUUUACCGACUCCAUUCAUAUUGUCUUUAGUAUUAUGGCUUCAGACACAACAGUUAGUCUCUGGGUGAAGGCAGAACCUUUCAGCUAUGGAGCUUUUCAUAUUGCACCUCAUCCAAGACUUAAUUUUAAUAAUAUAAAGAAAAUUGUGAUAUAUGCCAAAAACAAAGGUGAUACAGGAUUUCCAAGAUUAAGUUAUUCAGUAUGGAGACACAUUGCUUGUAAUAAACUACAUUUAUCAGAAGAACUGGCAUGGCUGUAUUUUACAACUUGUCAUCUACUGAGUGAGAAUUCAUCCCCAGUUGAAAGAUUGGAAUGGGAUCACAAAUACGCCCAGUCAUCAACACUUGGAAAAGAUGCGAUGAAGAAUCGGAUAACCGUGACGACGUUGAAGUUUGUCCUGUUUCUUUACAUUCAACAGUUGAACAAAGUUUCACUAAAAGCCUCGUUAGUGGCUGGUGAUGAAUGGCCAACUAGGGCUUCAUCCCCAGACCUGGAUUCCAGCGGUCGCUCAACACCAAGAAAUAAUAACAAAGUAUUAGAUGAUCACAGUCACAUGGUAUUUCUACAAAAUAAUAUACAUGAGAUUCUAGAGUUAUUAAUAGAACAUGAUAGCUAUGGUUCUAAUCAAGGGGAUUUAAGUCUUACAGUAUCAGCCGUGGAAGCUCUAGGAUUUAUUAUAGCGGGCUCUGUAGAUAGAUGCAAGACACUUCUGCCUAUACAAGAUAUUGCCAUGCUUCAAACAUUACAGCACAGAAGUGGAUAUUCUAAGUUAAUGAAGAGUUUUUCUCUGAGAUUACUGCAAAAUUGGAUCAAAGAUUCUCUCGUUCAAAAUCCAUUUGGUAUAUCAGCCUGUAUAGCAAGUGGGCGGAGACUCUCAUGGCCUAUGGGAGGGGAAGAUAACAAAGAGGCCAAAGAAGCACAAGCUAAGAGAGGAAGAAUUGCAACCAAUGCUCACGCUGUACCUAAAGAACAUAUGAAAGGAAACAAGAUCAUUAUAAUGAGCCAAGUCGGAAAACAAACAAUUGCCAGGAGUUCAAGCACCCUAGAGCACAGCAGUGUAAAGAUACAUAGAUGUCAUUCUGCAUAUCUCUAUCUGCUAUCUCCUCUAAGGUCAGUUACAAUAGAGAAAUGUAGGAACACCAUUAUUAUACUUGGUCCUGUAGAAACACAUGUAUAUAUGAGUCAUUGUGAAGGUGUUACUCUCAUUGCAUGUGCCAGAGUUGUCUCAAUCAGUUCAUGUACUCUAUGCACGCUGCACCUUUUGACCCCAAAUCCCCCAGUUAUUCUCAGUGGCAACGACUCCAUCCAGGUUGCACCAUAUCAUACAUUCUACCCAAAACUAGAAGAACAUAUGUCAGAUGUUGGCUUGGGGGCCGAUAAAAAUAUGUGGGACCAGCCAUUAUGUAUAGGACCCGAUCAUCGAGAAGAAACACCAGUCUGGGAACUUAUACCUGUCAAUGAUUUCUCUACAUUUGUUGUACCAUUCGAAUUAGAAGGUCCUACGAAGGAAAUUCCUGGCGGAUUGCCAAGCAAGUAUCAACGCGCUGUCAGUCAUCGUCACCAUCAGAUAAACCUUUGGCAGAAAAAAAUGAAAGAGGCGGGACUUGCGCGCGAGCAGCGCAAAGAGUUCCAAGGACUUGUAGAAAGUAGAUUUCACGCAUGGUUGUCAGAAUCGGGUCAUAAAAGAGAACUGGAUAGUUUGGUAGUGCCUUCAGCUGGGAAGAAAUCGUAACAUCGAAAAUAAAAAUUAAGAUCAAAAGUGUUGUCACCAGUUAAGACCAAAAAUGAAUAACAGUUGUCUCCUUCAGCAAAAUAAUAAUACAUUUGUAUAUGGGUUUAUUCAAAUUGUAAAUGGACUCUAUUAAAGGCACAUUAUACCUCAGAUAUGAAAAAAAUUCUACUUCCUUAGAAAUUGUAAGAAUGAGUUUUAUAACCUUUUAAUUAAAAAUUGAGAGCAUUUUAGAUGCUGUUACCUGAAAGGAGUAGCCCUAAAUAUUUGUCAUGAAAAUCGCGAAAUUUAAACAAAGUAGUAUUUUGACAUCCAUACUAAAUACUGAAUCACUAUAACUGUAGUAAUUGCCAAAAUAGCAACAGAUGAAAGAGACGGUUUAGGUUUUUGAAAAAUGAAUAACUUUUGAAAUCUAUAAAAGUACACCAAAGAAAAAAAUAUUUUAAAGCUUUUCUGGUGCAUAAUGUGCCUUUAAGUUUUGAUGGCAUUACAUAUUUAUUUAUUCAAUAUUAUCAAAUAUCUGCAGGUUUUGUUUGUAUUAGGAAAAAACAACCUAAAUGCCAUCAUAUUAUAAAGAACCAUUUUGCGACUUUUUUUAAGGCUUUAAUCCUUGACCUGAAUAGUAAGUGAUAAGCCUUACCUGAAUGGUGAGAGGAGAACAUAAAGGAUAGGCUAGUUCCUCCAGUAUUUCUAAAACAGCGGCUCACCAACAAUAGUUUUUACACAAAUAUGUAAAUUUUUUAGAUGGACUUGUAAAGAAUAUUAAUUUAUCAUGUUGACAGGAUUUUAUUGCAUGUCAUUUGUACCACAUUGAUUCAGAUUUUGUGAAAGCAAAUAAAAAUCAUAGAUAAGUAUGCAGUGGAAACUUUUAAACAAAGUUUAUGUAUUUUACCUUGAAAAAAAAAAUGACCAUUAAAAUUGAACAUGGUAUACAUACAUGUUUAAAUUGGUUUAAUUGUGCUUUUGAUUGUGUAAUGAGGAUCAAAAUGAUGCUUUGUAUUUAUUGUGUGAUUAAAGAGAUUAAAAUUA